AUGGCCCAAGGACUGCCCAGUGCUGCCAGCCUGUCUCGCUUCUGCCAGAAGCUGAAUCGGCUAAAGCCACUGGAGGAGUCCACCAUGGACACAUCACUGCGGCGCUGCCUGUCCAUGCUGGACCUUACCCUGCUGGGUGUGGGUGGCAUGGUGGGGUCAGGCCUCUAUGUACUCACAGGCACUGUGGCCAAGGAGAUGGCUGGCCCCGCCGUGUUGGUGUCCUUCACCGUGGCCGCUGUGGCCUCUCUGCUAGCGGCCCUGUGCUACGCGGAGUUUGGAGCACGCGUGCCCCGCACGGGCUCUGCCUACCUGUUCACCUACGUGUCCAUGGGUGAGCUGUGGGCCUUCCUCAUCGGCUGGAAUGUGCUUCUUGAGUACCUCAUAGGUGGUGCCGCCGUGGCCCGAGCCUGGAGUGGCUACCUGGAUGCCAUCUUCAGCCACCAAAUCCGAAACUUCACUGAGGCCCACCUGGGUGUCUGGCAGGUGCCUUUGCUGGCCCACUACCCAGACUUCCUGGCUGCGGGCAUCCUGCUCCUUGCCUCUGCCUUCGUCUCCUGCGGAGCCCGUGUCUCUUCCUGGCUCAAUCACACCUUCUCAGCCAUCAGCCUGGGCGCCAUCCUCUUCAUCAUCACCCUGGGCUUCAUCCUGGCCCGCCCACACAACUGGAGCGCUGAGGAGGGCGGCUUUGCACCCUUUGGCUUCUCGGGCAUCCUGGCCGGCACUGCCACCUGCUUCUACGCCUUUGUGGGCUUUGAUGUCAUUGCUGCCUCCAGCGAGGAGGCCCGAAACCCAAAGCGGGCAGUGCCCAUGGCCAUCGCCAUCUCGCUCAGCCUGGCAGCUAGUGCCUACAUCCUGGUCUCCACCGUGCUCACCCUCAUGGUGCCCUGGCACAGCCUCGACCCAGACUCGGCGCUUGCUGACGCCUUCUAUCGGCGUGGCUACAGCUGGGCUGGCUUCAUCGUGGCAGUUGGCUCCAUCUGCGCCAUGAACACCGUCCUGCUCAGCAACCUCUUCUCCCUGCCACGCAUCGUCUAUGCCAUGGCCACUGAUGGGCUCUUCUUCCAAGUGUUUGCCCGUGUUCACCCCCAGACACAGGUGCCUGUGGUGGGCAUCCUGGUGUUCGGGGUCCUCAUGGCCCUCCUGGCACUGCUGCUGGACCUUGAGGCACUGGUCCAGUUCUUGUCCAUCGGCACGCUGCUGGCCUACACCUUCGUGGCCACCAGCAUCAUCGUGCUGCGCUUCCAGAAGGCCUCUCCAUCCAGCUCCCCAGGCCCAUCCAGCCCGGGCCCCCUGACCAAGGAGCAUAGCUCCUUCUCAGACCACCUACAGCUGGUGGGCACUGGGCAGGCUGCAGCCUCCGAGCCCGGGCAGCUGCGACCAGCCCUGAGACCCUACCUGGGUUUCCUGAGUAGGUGCAGCCCAGGUACUGCCGUAGUGUGGGCGCUCAGCAUCCUGGUGGUCUCAGCCAUCACCCUGGGCUGUGUGCUGGUCUUCGGGGACUCAGCCCUUCACCUCCCACGCUGGGCCUACCUCCUGUUGCUCCUGCUCAGCUUCAGCAUGUUUCUGCUCAGUCUCCUCGUCCUGGGAGCCCACCAGCAACAGCACCGGCAGGACACCUUCCAGAUCCCCCUGGUGCCCCUGACUCCAGCCCUGAGCAUCCUCCUCAACAUUUGUCUCAUGCUGAAGCUGAGCUACCUGACCUGGCUGCGCUUCUGCAUCUGGCUGCUGGUUGGACUCGCCGUGUAUUUCGGCUACGGCAUCUGGCACAGCAAGGAGAACCUGCGGGAGCCACUAGGGCUGACGGCCACACGCUACGUGGUGUUCCCCAGCGGCAGCCUGGAGGAGACAGUGCAGGCUGUGCAACCCUCCAGCCAGGUACCUGCUCCAGAGCCCAGCUGUGUGGAGCAACCAGCCAGCCCAUGA